AAACUGUUUUUAAAUAUUAAUAGAUCGUUUUGUGUUUGAUGUCAUUUGAAUUUAUUUCACGUUGUUGUGUUAAUUUUUAUAAUUUUUAGAUAACGAACUCAAGUCGACGCAAGACUGCAUUCACUGAUUGCGAUUCAAAUUUGAGAGUAGCGCAAAGGAUUUUUAAAUAUAAGAACCAUCCAGCACUUACCAACAACUUAUCAAGCAGCCGCCACAUUUGAUCAAAUUUUGACAAAGCAAAAAUACUUAUUUUCAAAAUUUUAAAUUAAAAAUAUUUUUACGCUUUUGGCUUAUUGUCAUUAAAUGCAACCUUCUUUUGAAAACGGUUUUAAAUCAAUUGUUAAAAUUACAUCCAAGAAGUACGUAAUUUUCCCUUUUGCUUACUUAAAGUGAGGAAUUCGGUCACGCUGUUGGCAGUAAUCUCAACAAAUAUAGUAAAAAUUUGAACGACCUGUAUAUACGCAUAUAUAGACGCGAUUUACCAUGGAAAAGGCGAACAAGAGCAAGCGCGUGGUGCGCGAUGAGAAACAACGGGAAUUAAAGCUGGAGGACGUAGUGCUAAAAUCCUUGGACGAGUGCAACACGACAGAGGACAAAUUAAAAUUGCUAUUGCAACGGCAUGUCGAGAGCGAGAAAUCAGUGACCCGCCUGAACUCCGAGAUGCGUGCACUUCAGCGCCACAUGGAGACACAGCAGCGGGAGAAGGAGCAGGUGCAACGGGAGCUGAAUAAGAGCGUCCUUAUGAGAGAUAAGCUGCAGGAGGUGUGCCGUGAACAACAGCGUAUACUGAAGUCUGUGAAAAACGAGAGCAUGCUCCAAAUCAAGGUGGAGGAGGAGCGGCGCAAAGAGAGUCAAACUAAAUUUCAGAGUUCGCUAAACGAGGUGCAAAAGUCGCUGUCAAAAAACAACGAGGAGAACGUUAAAUUACGUGAUUACAACAUCGAAAUGACCAAAAAGUUAAAACUUCUGGCUGACCAAUAUCAGGCCCGUGAGAAGCACUUGGAAAAACUGAAUGAGCAGGUCCAGCUCGAGUCUCAGCUGCAUCAGGCAAAGCUCAGCAAGGCUCAGGUUGAAGCUGCUAUGGAAAAAGAAAUCCUGACCAAGGAGAAUCAGAUUGGACUAGAGAAACUGCUGCAGGCACAACGCGCGAUCAAGGAUCUAACGGAGCGCGAGCAACAGCUCAAAGAGCAGCUUAACAUCUAUACAGCCAAAUACGACGAGUUUCAGCAAUCGCUUAAGAAAUCCAAUGAAGUCUUUGGAAGUUACAAAAUCGAACUAGAGAAGAUGUCUAAGCACACCAAGAAAAUUGAGAAGGAAGCGCUGGGCUGGCGCCAAAAAUAUGAAAAAGCCAACGGCAUGGUCAUUGAAUUGGCCACUGAAAAGCAAUAUCGGGACCAGCAGUCGGAACGCCUCCAAAAGCAGGUGGAUCAGCUGCAGAAACUUCUGCGUGCAUUGCAACAAGAGCGCACAACGCUUCAUCAGACUCUUCGCGAGCAUGAAAUUGAAAUUCCUGCCAUGCCCCAGCUGCCGCCCGAGCCGGAGCCCAUUAAAGUAGUUCCCGUCAACACGGACAAUGCCAAAAUGGAGUUGAUGACGCGUAACUGCGCCGAACUUAAGCAGACGCUGGCCAACUUGCAGAACCAAAUGAAGCUGCUCACCACAAAUGAUGCGAAAAUAGCCGCUGCCGAAGCAGAGAAGAAACAAGCAGCUGAGGAGCAACAAAAAGCAAACAAUAUCAAGAAGAACAAUAAGAAAAAGGCCAAGUCAAAGGCUAAAGCUGCAGCAGCGGCUGCUGCAGCGGCAGCUGCUACUGAAGCUGGAACUGAUGCUACCAAGGCUGAACUGCCACCAACGGCAGAUGCAGAGCAACAGUCACAAACUGGUCGUGAUCCAGAGCCACAGCUAGGCGCCGUGGUGGAGAUACAAUCAGAGUGUGAAAUCACAGAAUCUGACAAUAUGGAACAAUCCGAAGAUAUCUGUAAUGGAAAAGAUAUUGAUACUCAAACUCCGCUAGAUUCUCAACAAGAGGUCCCAACGUCUUUUGACCAAUCAGAGGUGCCUGCAUUGAUUGAUUCCAAGUAGGAUUAGAGGCCAUGGACAUUAAUACGCUCCCUCGACUGUUAUUGUAUUUGUACUUGAACUUUUUGCCUCCUUCCUGUAUUUGUGCAUUUGCAUGUAUUCAUUUUUUAAAAAUAUAACUGUAAUUUAACCUAAUAUAAAACCAGCAGCGAAAUAGCGAGAAAGAGAAAAGAAAACAAUUCAAAUCGAGAAUUCAUUAUUGAUACGAAAUAUUAAUUUAUUCUAUUUUAUACUUAUUUAUUAAUGAGCCAACUAUGAGCUACUGCAA